AAAUUAUCUAACGGAAUAGCAUGGAAGACUUAAUUGGAGGGAAAUACAGAAUUAUCAAAAAACUUGGGAGUGGAUCAUUUGGAGAAAUACAUCUUGUCAGAGAUGUUGAGACUAACUUGGAAUACGCUGUAAAGCUGGAAAGUACUAAGACAAAAAUUCCUCAACUUCUGUAUGAAGUUAAGUUAUAUAAAGUUCUUUCUGGGGGUACUGGAGUACCUAAUAUUCAUUGGUAUGGCCAAAGCGGGGAUAAUAAUUGAAUGGUCCUAGACCUUCUUGGGAAAGACUUAGAGGAUCUGUUUGAAUAUUGUAAAUACAAAUUCUCACUCAGAACUGUAUGCAUGCUAGCAGAGCAAAUGCUACACAGAAUAGAAUACCUUCAUUCAAGAAGUUUCAUUCACAGAGAUAUCAAACCAGAAAACUUCUUAUUUGGUAUUGAUAAAAGACAUACUCUGCACUUGAUUGAUUUUGGUCUUGGGAAAAUGUACAGAAAUAUUAAGACUGGGGAGCAUGUUGAAAUGACCACCGAGAGAAGCCUAAUUGGAACAGCCAGGUAUGCUUCCAUCAAUUCUCACAUGGGCUAUGAGCAAAGUAGAAGAGACGAUAUGUGUUCAAUAGGGUAUUGCCUUAUUUACUUCUUAAAGGGAACGCUUCCUUGGGCUGGCAUCAAAGCCAAAACUAAGAAGGAGAAAUAUGACCUAAUCAAGGACAAGAAGCUUGCAAUUAGUGUAGAAGAGUUAUGAGAAGGAGCUCCAGAACAAUUUAUAAAGUAUAUUACUUACUGACAAGGUUUGGCAUUUGAAGAAAAACCAGAUUAUUCAUUCUUAAGAAGACUUUUCAGAGAAGUCAUGAAACAAAAUAAAUAUCGAAAUAAUCCAGAAAGUUUCGACUGGGUUAUCAGAAAAAGUGCUGCAAAGAAAAUUCUAACAAAGAGAGCCGAUCAAGAAAAUAGCAAUAUUUGAAAGAUUCCAGCGAGUAAUACAACUGUUCUUCCAAAGAAAAUUUUCGGAAAAAAUUCGAUUGAAAAUAAAAUUAAAAGCAUUGUAAAAAGGGAGCCUUUGCUUAAGAAAAAGAAGUCAAUGGGUUCAUCUGGAGUGAUCACUUCUAUCAGCACAUCCAAGAUGAAAAAGUGUGCUAAGAAUAACAUCACUGGAAUUCCUAGUACUAAAACUUUUAAAACUUCAAAUCUCCUAAAGAAGAACGUCAACUUGAGAAGUAGGAUGAAAUGAAACGUCUCUUCAACUAUGAUAAAGACAAUGGUACCUAGUUCAGGUACCAAAAAGUCUGUCUUAAUCGAUAAGGCAAUGAAUCAGCCUAAACUUAGAAAAUUGAACAGCGGCAAUAAAAAGGUGCUUUAACUAGUUAUUAAGUUUUCAUUAU